UAGAAAACCUCCAAAUGAUAUAUCCUUCUGAUCAAUUACCCAUUUCUUUCAUCCCGAACCAAGAACCAGACGAAGCAGAAGAAGCAAGUCAAAGAGAGAAACCCAGAACCCAAAAGACCCAGAAUAAGAGAAGAAGAAAACGAAAAUGCAUUCAUUUGGGUACAGAGCCAACGCUUUGCUGACCUUUGCGGUGACGAUCCUAGCUCUCAUGUGCGCCAUGGCCUCCAUCUCCGACAACUUCAACCACCCCACUCCCUCUGCGCAUGUUCAGGUGUUGAACAUUAAUUGGUUCCAGAAGCAACCCAAUGGGAACGACGAGGUCAGCAUGACAUUGAAUGUAUCAGCUGACUUACAAUCAUUGUUUACGUGGAAUACAAAGCAGGUUUUUGUAUUCUUAGCUGCUGAGUAUGAAACCCCCAAGAAUUCGUUAAAUCAGAUUUCCCUUUGGGAUGGCAUUAUUCCUUCUAAAGAGCAUGCAAAGUUCUUGAUUCAUACCUCAAACAAGUAUCGUUUCAUUGAUCAAGGAAGCAAUCUCCGUGGUAAAGAAUUUAACCUAACAUUGCAUUGGCAUGUCAUGCCCAAGACUGGCAAGAUGUUUGCUGACAAAAUUGUCAUGCCCGGAUACCGCUUGCCAGAGGAAUAUAGAUGAGUGUCUUGUGUAUGUUGCUGUAACUUUAGCCUUUUUGUAUGAGGCCAUAAAAGGUCAGCUGAAUUAGUAGUGCAGAAGCAGGCAAAGUUACAUGUUUUUAGAAUUUGAGGAAAUGAAUAUUGCUUGGACUUUUAGACGCACAAAAUAUUGUUGCCAGUAAUCAGUUUCUUGCUCUUUCCUUGGA